AUGAUUAACAAUUCAUGGGCCGAGUAUGUCUUUAUCCGCAUUUGUAUUUUCGCGCUGCAGAGUAUACCACUUGUUAGUUUAGCAUAUUGUUUCAGUCUCGCAUCUACUACUUUCUUUACGAAUUAUGAAUUUUACAGAGUCUCGCGCGGUUUAGAAUGGGUGUUCCUGGCCGAAUCUUUCUUUUUUCUCUUUUGCUUCCUGCCGUAUCGCAUUUGGCUUCAACAAGAAGCUAUACAUCCGCCGGCACCUUCGCGAGAAGAGAGAGCGAUUUUAUAUCAGAGGUGUUCGGAUAAUAUUACGGAUCCGGAGGCGUAUUUGCAGAAAUGGUUUUUGGGUGCGGAUAUUCGGGAUAUUAGGAAGGAGAAUGUAAAGGAGUUCUUUCUUUGGGCUUUCUUUAAUCGUGGUGGACCGCCUGGGGAUGAUGAUGAGGAGUUGGAGGAAUACAUUGGGAUUUUGGAGAGGCAGCUAGGGAGGGAGAUUCCGGAGGGAAGGGGAAAUGCUAAGUGUUUGAGGUUGACCUUGGAUGAGGUUGUUAUGUCGCAUAGGAGUUUGAUUUGGUAUUGUUGUGUCGGAUUUGUUGACUUCCUAACAUUUUGUUCCCUGCGUUAUCACGGCUUCAACUUUUAUCGCACGAAUCUCAAACAAUCCCUUAGCAUCAUUCCCGUUCGCCCGCACAGUCUAUUCACUACGUAUCAUUCGCCCGCUCAGCAUAUAUCGUAUUGGCACCGACCGCACACUUCGAAAACCAAACUCCCAGUCGUUUUCAUCCAUGGCAUCGGCAUCGGUCUAUAUCCCUAUACCCAAUUCCUCAAUGAACUCAAUGCCUCCACCGGCACACCCGAUGAUCACAUUGGCAUUCUUGCUCUUGAAAUAAUGAACAUUAGUUUCCGUCUCACUCAUUCUGCCCUCUCGCGUGAGGAAACCGCUCUCGAAAUUUCCCAAAUAACCAGUCAGCAUUUUGGGCCAAAUCAGAAAUUCGUCCUGAUUUCUCACUCGUACGGUACGGUGGUGACCACGCACCUUCUGCAAUCUCCAAUUUUAUCCUCGCGCAUCGGCCCAAUUGUUCUCAUCGAUCCUGUCUCUAUCUGCCUACAUUUACCUUCUGUCGCAUUUAAUUUCACUCGUCGAAUCCCGAAAGAUGCGAAUGAAUAUCAAUUGUACUAUUUCGCAAGCAUGGAUCCAGGAGUUAGUCAUACAUUGGGAAGGAAAUUCUUCUGGAAUGAGAAUGUGCUAUGGAAGGAGGAUUUCGAGGGGAGGAAAGUUACGGCAAGUUUGGCGGGAAGAGAUUUGAUUGUGGACACGGAGGCAGUGGGGAGGUACUUGAGUUGUGGAAACUUAUCCGGUCGAUCGACUCCGAGUCUGAAGGCUACGAAUGGAAAUGCUAAUGGGACAGUCAAGAGUACUUCGAAUAUGAAUGUCGCGCCUUUGAUAGAUAUUGACGAGUCGGAAGCUGGAGAAGCGGAAAGACCCGUAGAUGGAGAAGUAAUACGAGAAGAUAACGUGGAUGUAGAAGAUGAGGACGAGUGGAAGUAUAGGGAGUGGAAGGGAGUAGGAACAGAAGUUUUAUGGUUUGGCACGUUGGAUCACGCGCAGGUUUUUGAUAAGAAGACGACCAGGAGGAGAAUUAUUGAUGUUGUGAGGAAAUACUGCGAGGACGAUUAG